CGGUACGCUGGUGUGCUCGAUUGCAUGCUGAGUGAAGCGGAGUGCAGUUUCUCGACGGACAGUCUAGACGAUCGGGCGAUCCGCGACGAGAGCUCGCAGCGGAACAGCUCGACGAUGAUCAGCGAGUUCUCGUCGACGAAGACCCUGAUGAACAUCGACGACGAAGGAGCCAAGCAACGCGGAGUAUUCCUGGGAGACGAGCGAAGCCGACGAGCAGGGGACCGUCGACUGCGGGGAGGAGUACGACGAGUCCGACGGCAAGGAGGUGGGAUCGUCGACGGACGCGACGGAGGACCGAGAGAAGCGACUGGAACGGGCGGCGGCGAGGAGAAGAGCGUCAGAUGGCUCGACGGAGAGAUCGAGAAAGAGCUCGGAGAUGAAGACGGUGCCGGCGAGCUCGAAGACGAAGCGGGAGACGCAGGCGAGCGCCGCCGGGAAAUUGGUCACGCAGAAGACGAAGCUGCGCGCGCCGAAGGGCCAGUCGGAGAGACCUCGUCUUCAGGGCAGGCUGGCGAAGGGCGACUUUGAAGACGAGCCGAAGCUCAGGUCGCCGUCGCCGGUCCGCGCGAAAUGCGCGAAGCUUUCGGCGAGCAAGAUCCUCGCGGCUAGGAAAUCGAGCU